UUCACCACAGUCCCGAAUAGUAUUUUGUUAAAUAGCAUUAGAUCUAUAAUUAACGAUACACUAUAUUUAUUCUGUGAUUUUUUUCCUUUCUACCUCCAACACAGGCUCAUGUCGACCUCCAGGUCUACACAUUUCGAGGCAAUUAUGGAACCAUCUAGUCAAACAGCUACAGACCAAGCCAAUAACUCAUCAGAAAACGCUGGAUGCUUGCGAGGUUCUUUACAAGGUGGAGCCCUUUCCAAUUCUCUUAACUGCUUCGGCGAUCAAGUUGGGCUUAGUUUGACUAGAGAAGAGAUCAAUAGAUUUAUUCUUGAAUACUUAGUUGUCGAGGGCUACAAAGAUGCUGCGGAAAAGUUUAGCCGGGAAAUCGGCUUUGAUGAACCACUCUCGAAGAUACCAACUGCAGGAGCUAGUCUUUCAGAACGAAUGUGGAUUCGAGAAGCGGUUUUGGAGAGGAGAAUAGAGGAAGUGAUUCCGAAGGUUAACAGACUAUGGCCAGAGCUUUUUGACAAAAGCCCUUUCAUUUAUUUCCAACUCCGUCAACUUCAAAUGCUGGAGCUAAUUCGAGCUCGACGUCUCGAGGAAGCCCUUACAUUCGCGCAGUCCUAUCUGGCUGAUCCCGUCGCAAAGCGCUUAUCCGAUCAUCCUCGGUUGUUACACGAGAUGCAGAAUACAAUGGCCCUGUUGGCGUUUGAAGAUCCAACUAACAGCAUAUAUGGAAGUCUCCUUAGCUCUAGGCAUGCUGAAAAAAUUGCAGGAUCGCUAAACCGGGCUAUUCUACGUCAUAUCGAGGCCACUUGUGAUGAUUCAGACGGCCUAGACUGCAGAAAAUCUGAGAAGAGUACCGACGUUGCCGGUAAUGUCGGCACCGCUUCCACCAUACCCCGAUUGACCAAAAUGAUGGGGCUUCUGUUGCAUUUCAGAGACAUCGCUCAGUUCACUCUCCCUCCAGAGCUAUCAUUUCUAUAA